CAUUUCUUGUUGUCCACAACCAAGUUGUCGCAGUUUGAAGGAGAGACUCUAGCUAGCUACCAGGUAGCCAAAUCAUCAAAGGAAGUAAUCUAUCAAAAGUAAUAGCAACCAUGCCCGAACUUGAGAUUUUGUCGACUACAGCUGUCACCGGCAAGGGAGGCGUCGUGCAUCGCGUCAAGCAUGCUUCGACGGCUACCAAAACCGACAUGAUAUUUGCCAUCUUCUUGCCUGGAUCCAUCUACGAUAAAGACAACAAGACUCCUCUGCCGACUAUCUAUUGGCUGUCAGGCCUCACUUGCACGGAUGCAAACUUUUGCCAAAAGGCAGGUGGAAAUGCCUUUGCCAAGGCAGAAGAAGAAGGAAUCUGCAUGGUCAUGCCGGAUACUUCUCCUCGUGGCGAUUCGAUUCCUUCCGACGAUGCCUAUGAUCUGGGAACCGGUGCAGGAUUCUACAUUAAUGCCACCAACGCUCCCUGGGAUAAAAAUUAUCGCAUGGAAGAAUACAUUACGACGGAAUUGCCGGCAUUAGUCGAAGCGGAAUGGGGUGUCGGUGUCCAUGGACUCCGCAGUUUGUCCGGACAUUCCAUGGGAGGUCAUGGUGCCAUUACGCUGGCACUCAAGGCAACCCCGGGUACUUGGUGUAGUGUUUCCGCAUUCGCCCCCAUUUGUCAUCCAUCCAAACCCAGUCCCUGGGGAGAAAAAGCAUUCAAUGCCUACCUUGGUUCCGUCGAGGCGGGAAGAGAUCACGAUGCGACGGAAUUGAUUCAGAAACCGGGCAAGGCGGGAAUCUACGAUGAUAUUCUAAUUGAUGAGGGUACCAAUGAUGAGUUUGUGGCAAAGGGACAACUCUUAUUGGAGGAUUUUGAAGCAGCCGCCAGCACGGCUGGACAGAAACUUACAAUUCGCCGUCAGAAUGGAUUCGAUCAUUCCUAUCAUUUCAUUGCCGCCUUUAUUGCCGAUCAUGUUGCGUUUCAUUCCAAAAAGUUGCGCAAGGCACAAGGGGUCUUGGCGGCCAAGGACUUGAAAGUUACUGCCGAAACCUUGUCGGCGGCGAGUACGGCUGGAAAGCCUAUUCAAUGCAAGGCAAUGGUAGCGCGUGCACCAAAACAACCCUUGACGGUCGAGACAAUUACGGUGAAUCCACCCCAGGCAGGAGAGGUGCGCGUGAAGGUUAUGGCCAAUGCUUUGUGCCAUACAGAUAUCUACACUCUUGAUGGUCAUGAUCCAGAGGGACUCUUCCCCUGCAUUCUAGGACACGAGGCAGGUUGCAUCGUAGAAAGCGUCGGAGAAGGUGUGACAAGUGUCAAAGUGGGCGACAAAGUCAUUCCGUGCUAUACUCCUCAGUGUGCUGAAGCGCAAUGCGUUUUCUGCAUGAGCCCAAAGACCAACCUUUGCCCCAAGAUUAGAGGAACCCAAGGUGCAGGCUUCAUGCCCGAUGGGACUAGCCGAUUCGUCGAUAAGGAUGGAAAGCCCAUUUAUCACUUUAUGGGCUGCAGUACAAUGUCUGAGUACACAGUACUGGCAGAGAUCUCGUGUGCAAAGGUUGCCGACGAAGCGCCUCUUGAGAAAGUCUGCUUGUUUGGAUGUGGUGUCGCGACUGGGCUUGGAGCCGUGUGGAACACUUGCAAAGUCGAACCCGACUCUAGCGUCGCCGUCUUUGGGCUUGGUGCCGUGGGAUUGAGUGUAAUCCAGGGAGCCAAGAUGGCCGGAGCGUCUCGAAUCUUCGCCGUCGAUAUCAACCCGAAAAAGUUUGAUUCUGCGAUCGCGUUGGGUGCUACUGAUUGCGUAAACAGCAAAGACUAUGACAAACCGAUUCAGAAAGUUAUCGCAGGCGAGCUGACCCCGUGGGGUGUCGACUAUUCAUUUGACUGUACUGGAAAUGUUCAAGUCAUGAGGGCUGCUCUCGAGUGCGCCCACCGAGGUUGGGGCACGAGCUGUGUCAUUGGUGUGGCAGCCUCAGGGCAUGAAAUCUCCACCAGACCGUUUCAGCUUGUCACUGGUCGAGUCUGGAAAGGAACUGCUUUUGGCGGUUGGAAGUCACGCAAAGAUGUCCCACAUCUCGUCGAUAGAUACCUGGCUGGCACCCUUCCAAUUGACUUCUACAUUACUCACCAGUUCAGUGGAGUCGACAAGACAAACGAUGCCAUCACUGCACUCCACAGUGGGGAUUGUUUGAGAGCAGUGGUACACUACUAGCUAGCUUGAACCUGAGUUAGAAUAUUGUGGGCAGCUCUCGCCGGUCAAAGAUGACUUCAAGACAUCAAACCCACGUAAAAAAGCUCUGGAUAUGACGGGUGAUGUGCAGUCAAGCCUUGCACACCACACAUCACCUUGAUUUUGAUCGAAUCCAGCAUCAGAGUGCCUGUAGCUAACUAACAGAGAGGUAAAUGGUCUCACAAUCUUUAGAAGCAGCGUUGGAGGUUUAAUUUAGUCGAGAAAUGGAUGGUGACACUACAUGGCCGUGGUGGUAAAACAUAGCAACCCGAGAAAACAGUUCAGGCUACGAUAUGAAUGGUCAGUCUCAACAGAGCUAUAUGCUAAGCUGCUUGCGCCGCAAUUUCUGUCGAGGCUUCGACGACUGCCGGAAAGGUAUCGGUCAGCCUCUGCAACGUGUCAGGGUCUCCGAUGAGCUCGUUUACAGCUUGCCCAUGAACUGUCGAAGCAACCAGCAACGACGACUUCUCUGCCUUUUCGAUUGGGUUAAUGUUGUCCUUGACAAUCGUGGAUAUCAGAUCGUCUUCAAAGCAAUGUGAAAGUACAACGACAAUGUGCAACUCGGACUGUUCGAUUGGUAAACUACCGCUUCGACUCAAGGCGUCCAGCAAAUCAAAUGCCUUCUUCUUCUCUGUUUCAAUGACAGGUGUCCCAAUGAAUUCGGUCCGACUGGGAGUGAGCAAAUUCUCCUUCCGCGUCCUCGUCCAUGAGUCCCUGGCUUUGACAAUCGUUGACCGAAGUGACCCAUCCUGGUCGUGUUUCUCCAAAAGUGAAUCAAGGAGCUUCGGUAACAAUGUGAAAUCACUUGCCAGUGAUCUCUGAGACUUCAUUGCGCUCUCAGGGCUGCCAUUAUCGCCGCUUUCAUCGACCUCCUCUUCACUGGGUUCUGGAAUGGAACCUUCCUGAUAUGAGGCAGACUUCUUUGGUGGUGCCCCCGCAAAGCUCUGGGAAUGGGCAGAGCUCUCACUCAGAACAGCAUCCAUCUUGGCCGUGGAUAGACUCCGAGCAGCUCUUGGCAUCACCCGUUCAGAGCUGCGACUUGACGUUGUACUGGCAUAAAAUUCGUUGGAGCUGGGGCUUGAGCUCGGGGAAGCAGAGGGACUUCGGCUAGGGCUGCCGGAGGGGCUUGCACUUGGACUGGCGCUUGGAUACAUCUGCUCCUUCACUUCUGCCUUGCGUUUUUCUUCCAAUCGGAUCUCUUCUUUCGCUUGCUCAAUCACAUCCAUCACAGCUCGAACAUUACUCUUUACACUAUCCAGCUUCACCGUAGCAUUGAGGCUGCUGGACAAUUCAUGGUGCACACUAAGAAGAUCGGACGGUAUUUGGUAUUCCACAAAGAGGUUCAUCAAGUCUUGCGUCAAUUUGAUUUCUUUGGUCAGUGUAUCUGAAGGUAGCCCAAGGAGCUUUUCCAAUUGUGGUUUAAGCUGGAUCACACAAACUCCAAACAAGCUCGAUGCUAGUUGACUGGCCCGAAAGGCCUUUGCAAAUGCUUGCUGCUCGGGCGACAAGGAUGAGAUGGCAUCCUUGAACUCUUUGG